AUGCCAAAAGAAAAGAAAGAUAAAAAAGAUAAAAAAGAAAAGAAAGAGACAAAACAAAGAGGACCUACUCCUGAUUAUAUUUUAAGAGAAUAUGCAGCACCUGAAAAUCCUGAAACUGAGCCUAAAAAAGAUAGAGAAAAUAGAUUAAAAAAUAAAAGAAAUGCUAAAUAUAGAUAUUAUCAAACAUUAGAAGAAGGAAAUUCAGGACCUUCAACAAGAACAAGAUCUAGAACUUCUAAAGCUUCUAAAGCAUUAUCUGACACAAGAUCAAAAACAAAAGAAGGUCAAAGAGAUAGACAACAAGCAUAUAGAGCUUCUUUAAGAUAUUGUAGUCUAGAUGAAUAUCAGGAGGAGAUGGAAGGGGAAAAACCAGGACUUUGUUGCAUGAAUGGUGAAGUUGUAUUAGCACCACUUCAAACACCACUAUCAGAAAUUAAUUAUUUUCUUACAGAAAAAGAUCCAAUAUCUAAAGUACCAUUUGUUGACCAAAUAAGAGUAUAUAAUCAAGCAUUUGCUUUUACAUCAAUUGCUACUGAUUUAGAUUUGAGUGUUGCCAAUGAAAAAAAGGGGCAUAUUGCUAUAGAAUUCAGG